CAGCGCAAUACUCAAGUUGUCAAACGCACUCUCGAGCUGCUUUUCCAAAAUGAGUACAUCGGGCUCAUUGCGUACAUUCAGAGCAUUAUUCCGUGCAUCUACAUGGCGUAUAUGGCAGUGUUACAGAAGCUUCCCAAUCGAAUAUUUUACCCCAGAGACCGAAGCAUUGGCGAUGGCGAAUUCUUCGCAGUGAUCAGCAUUCUAGCGAUGCUUCAACUCAUGUCGCUGCUAGUGCUUCACUGGAUAGUUGGCAAACGUCUCUCGGUCUCAACUUUGCACCAAGUUGCGUUCGUUUUGGAAACGCACGCGGAACAUGUCCACGGUAAACUAGCAAUCUGGCUAAUUUACACCGUCUCACUCCCACUAGCGCAUUACGGCUCGGACUUUUCUUUCAGGUUUGCCUGGAUUCAU